AUGACCUCCAAGAUGGCUCUUUCCGGCUACGUCCUAGUCCCAGCAACCGAGGCCCAAGACCUCAUUGCCACCGAACGCGAAUGGGCCGAAUGGGGCCAGCCGCUGCUCACCCAAGACCAGUUCAUCACUCGUGAAAAGACCGUCCUCGGCUCCACGGAUUUCUCCGUCACCCGUAGACAGCGAUGGGUGCUCGUACCGGCCGACGACACCACGACCUUGGACUUCUUGUCCGCUUGCGAGACGUAUCGUCGGCCUAUCCUCGUGAAACGACCGGGGAAGGACGAGGUGGAGAGAUCGCUUUCGUACAGCGUUUGCUCGGUGUUUGUACCGGAGAGCAAGAGGAGGAACGGUUACGCGGCAAAGAUGAUGACGCUGCUGCAGCACAAGCUGAAUCCCAAGGCGGAGGUGCCGAAGUUGGUGGAUGAGCAAGAGGGUGACAAGGUCGAGGGAAGUGGUGCGCUGAUGGUCAAGCUGGACGAAGGAGCAGAGGGAGAAUUCAAGGAUGGCGGCAAGUAUGGAGGCAACGCGACCUGUUCCUUCCUGUACAGCGAUAUUGGGGAGUACUAUUUGCAGUUUGGCUGGAAGGUCGUGGGCAACCGCCACGUCGAGUGGAAGCCCCUUGAGGAACAAGGCGAUUCAUUCGCUCUUCCUGACGAUGCGAAAUGGUUGACAGCGGAACAGCUCAACGAACUCGGACGCAUUGAUCGUCAACACCUUCUCUCUCAACUGCAUCAAGCCACCGCAGGCCAUGACGACAAGGCCAUCAGAUUCUGCGUCGACGAUCCCGAAGCAACUUCCUGGCGAUGGCUCAUCAAACGUUCCAACUUCUACGCCACCACGCUUCUGCCCGAAUCCGCGCCCAAACCUAUCUACUUUGGGCUGAUGCUGCCAUCGAAAAACGGAGACAAAAAGGAUGCGUCCUACGCGGUGUGGAUGUUUGACUUUAUCGAACGCAAGGUAGCGUUGCUUCGACUGCGGUACUCCUCGCCCACGGCGUUUGCACAGCUGGUGGGCGCGGUUAGGCAACAGGCAGCAAAGUUCGAGAUGAAGAAAUGCGUCGCUUGGAACGUCGAUUUGGCUGGACUGGGUAUCAACCUCACCAGCGAGGACCAGGACAAACUCGACAAGGGGGAGAGGGUGGAGCGAUUCAAGAAGGAACUGCACGAUGGCGCGGUGGUCGAGAGGAGUGGCAAGAGCGCGAGUCUGCCUGCGCUAUCAUGGUAUGGGGACAAGGAGAAAGGCGAGAGGAUCGAAUGGGUUUGCAACGAGUAUGGUUGGUGGUGUUAG